CUUUUUCUGCACGCCCCCCCUCUCCCCCCCGAAGCGUGAGAGGGGGGUUAGCGAAGAGGCGGAGUGGAAGGUGGAUGGGCACAGUGGGAGGGGGAGAGGGAAGGGGAAGGAGCGCGGGAGGAGCAGAGGAGAGGGGAGGACAGGGGAGGAGAGAGAGAGGGGAGGUUAGGGCGCGUCCGAUACCGCCCAAAGCCUCCCCCCCCACCACACACCCCUCUCUAUUUAAGCGCCUUUGGAUUCGCGGCAUCUGGCGGAGUGAGCGCGCGGGCGAAAUCGCGUCCCCACCUGCACACGGAUCCGCGCGGAGCUGCUACACACCUGCACACCUGCACGCGACUAACACCUCCUGCGCGCAUCCUUACGCCCGCAUUCACCUUGCACACCGCCUGGAGCCACGCGCACCUCUACCAACGCGCACGCGCCACCGUUCAUAGAUUUUGAUACACCUGUCACGUCACUCAUUCUGUCUCCGCUACAUAUCACCGCAGCGUGUGCGUGCAUCUCUGUAUCUCGCUCUGUACAUCAUCUCUGAUAUCUCCGAGAUAUAUUGAUAUUAUAAUCUUUAUAUCGGCUGGCUAACUCUCUCUCUCUCUCUCGCUCCUUCCUCUCAUCUCCUCUCUCAUCUUGCGCUGCCCCCUUCCAUCUCUCUGUCUCUCUCUCUCUCUCCAUCUUUCAUAAUUUCAUCUACUUGCCGUCUCUAUCUCAUCCUAUAUCCGUUGAUCCAUAUCCCAUAUACGCCACCCGGCUCAUCUCCCUGUGUUUCCCCUCAUCUCUACCCCCUUUUUACCACUCAAAUCUUCAUCGCGUCUCAUCCUCUCACCUUUAUUUUCCCAUCUCCUAUUUCUUUCAUCUCUCUCUCUCUUCCUCGGCCAUCUCCCUCUGACUCAACAUUAUUAUAUCGCCGUCACUACUAAUAUCUCUCUCCCUCUAAUCCCCAUCUGUGCUGUAAUCUCUCACGUAGCCUCUCUCAUCUCCUCUGCCCUCUACUCCUCUCAAUCCCUCCCCUAUUCUAGUGUCCUCUCAUCUCCAUUUCUCUUCACAAUCUCCCAUCUCUCUCUCUACUUCAGUCUCUUUCGACUACCUCUAAUCUGUCACCUCCACCUGCCCCUCCAUUUCCUUGCAUCCCAUCAUCUCCUGUCUCCUCUUUCUCAACAUCUCCUAACCUGCUCCUCUUCCUCUCUCCAUCUAAAUCCAUCGCCGAACCUCCUCACCCCCCCCCCCACCCCCCUGCGUCACCCCCAUGGGAGGUCAUCCCCGUGUCCCGCGCAUCGCGGGCCCCUCCCGGGUCCUGCUCUGCCUCGUCUCUCUUGGGGUCACGGCGACCAUGGGACCGGGGGACAGCCCAGGGGUGGCUUCCAAGGUCGCGUCGAGGGCAGCUGACCCCGCGCGCGUCCAUCCUCAGCCUCAGCAGCAACCGCAGCGCUUCGUGUGCACCGCCAUGCCCGUGGAGAUGGACAACAUCCCUUGUGCUGCUCCAACAUCCUGGAUGGUCUCCAACAUUGGUACCUCCUCCCCGCCAUCAUCGUCAUCAUCAUCAUCAUCGUCGUCAUCAUCCGCCAUCGGCUCGCACCUCCGCGAGGUCGUGAGACAGCACAAGGAGACCAUCUCUCGCCAGCGGGAAGCCAUCAAGGAGCUCACGACCAAGUUGAGUCGCUGCGAGUCCGGAGGCCACAGGGGAUCGGCGGGACUGCGCAAGGGCCAGCAGCAGCAGCAGCAGCAGGAGGAGGAGGCGACGGGGUUGGCGGGCAGCAGGCACGCGGAGCUUGAGGGAGCUGCGGGGAUGAGGAAUACCAUGGGAGACCCUCCGCGAGAUUCGACCGAGAUGUUGGAGGAGCUGGGGAAGACCACACAGGCGCUCAAGGACAGGCUGGAGCACCUGGAGACGCACGCGGCGCCGGGCCGCACCGAUUGGGCGACGGCCGCGCGCGACGCCGUGCGCGAGCUGCUGGAGUCGCGCGCGCUCGAGCUCACGGGGAACCGCACUGCGCAUGCGCGGAUCGACAAAGCCCUCGGGGAGCUGAGACACCGGAUUGCCGGCAUCGAGAAGGGUGUCGACGUUGACGCGGCUGUGCCACCACCGCCGCCGUCGGACGCCUUCAAGGUGUCGUUCCCGCUGCGCACCGACUACAUGGUGGCUCGGGCCGCCGCCUCGCUGCCCGAGAUGCACGCGUUCAGCGCGAGCCUCUGGCUGCGCUCCUCGGCGUCGGGCGGCGUGGGCACGCCGCUCUCGUACGCCGUGCCGCGCCAGUCCAACGAAAUCGUGCUUAUGGAGUGGGGCCACAAUCCCGUGGAGCUGCUCGUCAACGACAAGAUGGCUCAGCUACCGCUGUCACUGAACGACGGGCGGUGGCACCACGUGGUGGUGACCUGGACGUCGCGGGACGGGGUGUGGGAGGCGUUCCAGGACGGCGCCCUGCGUGGCACGGGCGACGCCCUGGCGCCGUGGCACCCCAUCACGCCCGGCGGGGUCCUCGUGCUGGGCCAGGAGCAGGACAAGGUGGGCGGUCGCUUCGACGCGAUGCAGGCCUUUGUCGGCGAGUUGGCCGACCUACAGAUCUGGAACCGCGUCCUCUCGGCCUCCGAGGUGGCCUCCCUGGCCGGCUGCUCCGGCGACCUACGCGGGAACGUCCUGGCCUGGAGCCACGAGUCCAUCGAGGUCCAGGGCGGCGCCACCAAGUGGCCGCUCGAGACGUGUGGCGAGAGGAUCAACUCGUGAUGGCGGUGGCCCGUCGUCGAGAUCGUCGUCAUCGUCGUUGUCGUCAUCGUCGCCAUCGAGAUCGUCGUCGUCAUCAACGUUGUCGUCGAGAUCAUCAUCAUCAUCGUCGUCGUCGAGAUCGUCGUCGUCAUC